CGGUGAUUGUUGACUCCGAGUCUACGAGGGCUCAACAGUGCAGAUUGGGACACAGCCGCUGGGGAGCGCUCUCAGUAUGGCUGGAGUUGGCUGGAGACCCUAAACGUCGAUAGAGAUCCAUGGUUUUCCACUAAUUGACCUUUUUCUGGUGAUAAUUCAGUCUAAAAAGCAGUGACAUCGCGCGUCACACCAUGAACGCGCGCUAGCAGGACGUUCUGCAGGACAUCAUGCAGAGGUUCUACAGCUGCAGCUGCUUCUGCACCGACAACAUCUUCCUGGAGGAGCCCGGGCUGCAUGUCCGCUUCAUCUCCGAGGAGCAGUUCGGGAGAGACUAUCGGAGCAUCCUCAGGUCUUUGGGUUGUGCCACUGAUGCCCAGUUCAACAGCGUUCUCCAAAAAAUCCAGGCAGAAGUGGAGAGGCGCCAGAAUCUCGAGGGUCGCUCAGCUGAAAGGAAAGCGGUCAUUAAAGAAACGUACAAACCUCUUCAUGAACAUGUUUACUACUUACAGGAAUCUUACCUGAGCCCGGAGUUCUUAAACGCAGCCAAAUACUGUCAGACUGAAGGUGCCAGUCAGGAGGGGCUCAUGGACCUAAUUCACUCAGAGGCAGCUCCCAGAGUGUACCGUUUCCCAAUCUUUACGAAGGACUUCUGCAGGGAAUUCGUGGAAGAACUGGAGCACUUUGAGCAGUCUGAGGCUCCGAAGGGCAGACCAAACACUAUGAACAACUAUGGGAUCCUGCUAGAUGAGCUAGGCUUUGAUGAGGGUCUGAUCACCCCACUGAGGGAGCGCUACCUGCGGCCACUGAGCUCACUGCUCUACCCGGAUUGUGGGGGUGAGUGGCUGGACAGCCAUAAGGCCUUCGUGGUGAAGUAUGCCAUGCACGAAGACCUGGACCUCAGCUAUCACUACGACAACGCUGAGGUCACACUGAAUGCCUCUCUGGGGAAAGACUUCACGGAAGGGAACCUGUACUUCGGAGACAUGAAAGAGGUGCCUCUGAGUGAGACAGAGUGUGUGGAGGUGGAGCACCAUGUGGCGGAGGCUGUUCUCCACCGGGGGCAGCAGAUGCACGGUGCUUUGCGCAUCUCCUCAGGCCUGCGCUGGAACCUCAUCAUAUGGAUGCGAGCAUCUCGUCAAAGGAACCGCAUUUGCCCAAUGUGCGGCCGGACACCUCGACUGCAGCCCAGCCAGGGCUAUGGGGACGGCUUCACCGCCGAGACCAGCGACUCUGGCUGGACGUGCGCCUUAACGUGACUUUAAUGCACCAUUGUGGAUAUCAGUAAAGACCAUGUCCUCCAACUGAAGGUA